CUGCUGUCAAGCACACGCAUGCUAGCGCACUACGCGAGAUUUGUUUGUCAACGAAUGAAUCGGAAAUUCCACAGUGACCCGGAACACUCAAAGUAUAGUGACGGUAAUAUUUACUCUUGUCAAGCAGCGUUACAGCAAGUCGAUAACAGGAAAGUGGUUUGACAUGUUUUUAUUUCACUUAAAGGGCAAGAAAACUCGUUUCUCGUUUUAUCGCUGCAGAUUCGCUAAUACGCAAUUCUCCGAGUUCUCCAGCCGGUAUUAGCUUAGCCAGCUAGCAAGCUGGGCUAACAAGGUGAUGUAGCGACCGCUGUGGUGCGCUCAGGAAAUGUGAUGGAAGUUGGUCUAGGCGUGUUUCUUUAUGAAAGUUUCAUUUUUGGACUAAUAUGAAGCCUGACGAUAGCUGCCGCGGAGCAGUAACCGCUUUCUGAAGGUGCAGUGAGCACAGCGCUGAGGUCGGGUUUCUUGGAUAGUUAUGAGCAGCAUCAACAUUACAACCAAAAUCCCUCAAUUAAGCUCUUUUUAUACUAAAAGGUCAGCGCUGACACUACCGGCAACAAAGAGUGAGUUUUGAGAAGCGAUGUGUUUUCGUGCUGUCACGAGAUGAGUCUCGACGAUGAAACACUGCAGGCUGGGAUGUCCUCAGUCCAGUCGGGACUGGAAGGGCAGCUGCCGCUUUUACACGCCAGACAUCACAGCGCUCAAGGCGGUCUGGUGUUGGAUCUGAACUCCCAGGAAGACUACCUCAGCAGUAGCUCUCCUGAGUAUGACAACUAUGAGAAUAACACCGGUCCUCUGUUCGAGAGAAGAAAGAGAUCUAGAUCCAACAGCUCCAGACAUAGAUUCAACGAGGUGGUCACGGAGCUCGGUCCGGAGGAAGUGCGGUGGUUUUACAAAGAGGACAAAAAAACUUGGAAGCCCUUUUUGGGCCACGAUUCACUUAAUAUUGAGCUAAUGUUUCGGAAACACUGCGAGCUGAACCCCGGUGCAGCAUGCCCCCAGGCCAGUGGAAGAGAGGAGGAGAGCGGGUCUAGAGAGCUGGAGAGCACAGGGAUGAACGGUGCAGUGCCAGCAGAAACGAGGACCAGCAGUGUGCACGGAGGCCGCGGGUCCUUGGACACAUCCACCGUGUCCUCUGAUGAGAGGGACGCUGAAAGCAUUGAACUCAAUGUAGAGUCAGUGUGUGUGCGAGGAGGACUCUAUCAGGUUGAUAUAAUACAGAGACAAUGCUAUCCUGUCUACUGGAAACAACAAGACCAUAUCCCAGUGAUGAGAGGCCAGUGGUUUAUCGAUGGUACUUGGUUGCCAUUAGAUGAAGACGAAAGCGACCUCAUCGAACGGGAGCACCUUAACCAUUUCCGUGGGCAACACGUGCAGGAUACCUUUGAGAUGGAUUUGGUUCCCAGGACCAUUGAUAGUAAAGAUGUUCUCUCCCACCUGCCCCCUUUCUACCUCCCUUUUCUGUUCAAAUGGAGUGGAUAUCAGACGAGUACUAAACCUACAUGUCACAAGCGCAAACGCUGCCAAGCAAUCCAUAGUCUAAAGCUGAGUCGAUCACAUGUGGAUUGGCACAGCGUGGACGAGAUCUACCUCUACAGCGAUGCCACAACUUCCAAAAUUGCAAGAACAGUCACCCAGAAACUGGGCUUCUCCAAAGCCUCAAGCAGCGGUACGCGGCUCCAUCGGGGUUAUGUUGAGGAGGCCUCACCCGAAGACAGACCCCCUCAGACUACGCACAUUGUCUUUGUGGUUCAUGGCAUUGGACAGAAGAUGGACCAGGGGCGCAUUAUUAAAAACACUGGAAUGCUGCGGGAAGGUGUGAGGAAGAUGGAGGAGAAACACUUCUCAGAGCACAAUGAGGAACAUGUGGAGUUCCUGCCUGUCGAGUGGCGCUCCAAACUCACACUGGACGGAGAUACGGUAGACUCGAUCACACCAGACAAAGUGAGAGGACUGAGAGACCUUCUCAACAGCAGUGCCAUGGAUAUCAUGUAUUACAACAGCCCUCUUUACCGGGAUGAAAUUACCAAGGGUCUAACAGAGGAGCUGAACAAGCUCUACUCACUUUUCUGUUCACGGAACCCUGAUUUCGAGAAAAAGGGUGGCAAAGUGUCUAUCGUGUCUCACUCUCUUGGCUGUGUCAUCGCGUAUGACAUCAUUACUGGCUGGGAUCCCGUGCGGUUUUGUUUGCAGGAGCAUCGCGUUGUGGAGGAGGACCUAGACCUUCGCUGGAUGUCCUAUGAAGAGAGGCACCUUUUAGAGCAGCAGAGGCAAACAAGGAACAGGUUACAAGAGCUGAAAAAUCAACUCGCCACACUUGAGGCCUCUAAACCCUCAGCCCCCCCAGCCCUGAAAUUUAAGGUAGAGAAUUUCUUCUGCAUGGGUUCUCCUCUGGCAGUAUUUUUGGCACUAAGAGGAAUCCGCCCUGGUACCAGUGUUCACCAAGACCACAUCUUGCCCACCUCAAUCUGUAGCAGGCUCUUCAAUGUCUUCCAUCCCACAGACCCUGUGGCCUACAGAUUGGAGCCACUCAUCUUGAAACAUUAUAGCAACAUUGCACCUGUUCAGAUACACUGGUGUAGCGCCACUAACCCCACAACUUAUGAUGAGAUCAGGCCUACUUUUCUCAACCCUGUUAAAGAUCCCACGUCGGAUACAGAAAGCAUCCCCAGCCCCAGUACAUCACCUGUCCUACCCCGGAGGCACUAUGGGGAGUCAAUCACUAAUUUGGGCAAGGCCAGCAUAUUGGGAGCAGCAAGCAUAGGAAAGGGCAUUGGAGGAAUCCUCUUCUCACGUUUUUCCCGCUCCAACAGCCAGCCUUCAGUGUCUCUGGGACUUGAGGGUGGAGCAAGUGUUGAAGAAGAGGAGCAAAAGCGCACAGAAAGUCAGUCAGCAUACGGCCUCUCUAUGUUGACUCGACCCACCUCACCCACUGCUGACACAUCCUUGGAGCUUGAGCGUCGCAUUGACUUUGAGCUCAGAGAGGGUCUGGUGGAGAGCCGCUACUGGUCAGCAGUGACCUCACACACAAGCUACUGGUGCUCACAUGACAUAGCUCUCUUCUUGUUGACCUUCAUAUAUAAACAGAAGGCGACACCCUCUAACCCAGCAGAUACCCCGGAUCCAGAGUGAGGCAGCAUGCUUUUUAAAACGGAACACAACACUGAAAGAGUGAAAGCAUCUCUUGUGACACAUAAAGUGACUUUGUUCAUUACUUUUGAUUGCUUACAAACUUAAAUACGCUAAAAAAAAUCCUGUCUUUGUUUGGCUCCCGAUCAAGCACUUUUAAUACUUGGGAAUCAUUACUUACAGACUCAGAACUUUCUUCCAAACUUUUCAUCUUUUUUGUUUGUUUUUUACGUUCUGCACAAUUGCUUACCCUGAUGGUGGAUCCGGUGGACCAGGAACUCUUAUUUAGGAACAAAAGCACUGAUGCAUAGGUGAUUGUUGCACCCAGAGGAAGAGACUUCUAACUUCAUUCCCAGUGUGAAUUUCAACAGCUGAACUGUGUCUAUCAUGUCCAUCGAUUUCAUGUAAAACAAUACCUAAGUCAAUUUGCUCAGCUACAGACUCUGUCUGAAACUUUGGGGCACAUUUGACUAAGCCUCAGUCACUAAGGUGUCAAGUUAUGUCUGAUAUUUUUGUUUGUUUGUUUUUCUCUGUUACACAAAUGCGCGCGCACACACAAACAUAAAGAAAAGAACAUUUUUGGCAAAGUUCUCUUCUUCAAGUUGAAUAUUUAGCUACUGCAUGCUAAGAAACCCAUGGGAGCAAACAAAGGCAAUGUGUAAUAUAUAAUAUUUCUUUACUUUCCCGCAUAAAAGACACAUAAUGCAUUAUAAUUAAAUCAUAUUAUUUUGGCAAAUUAUUAUAAUAAUUAUUAU